AUGAAUGGAUUUAAUGGAAAAAAUGCUAACUCAUUUUAACAUGGAGGAAACACAGGAAGUAAUGAAUAUGUAAUCGAAUUUUUCUUAAAAAUUCUUUAGGGAGAUUACUUAAAAGACUAAGUCUAAUAGAGAAAUACUUCUCAUAUAGUUUCAACCUCGAAUGGAGGUGGGAGUGGAUCAAACUUAAUGAAUAAAUUCAAGUUUGGAUUAGACUAGCAUUAGCAUACUCCCAAAUCAUUUGAGAGUGAUAAAAAUGUCUAUAUUGAUAACCAUUCUCCUUUGAUCAGCAUUAGUUAGCAAUACUAAGCACAAGGGAAACAGAAGGCUAAUCAAUCUAUAGACUUUUCUCAUAUUUCUCCAAUAAAUAUCAAUUCACUUGGCCAGAAAUAGAUCAAUCAAUAAACUGAUGUGAUAGGUUAAUAAUAAUAAGCAAAGUUUGGAAUUAAUAACUUAGCCUAGAGAAGAAUUAGCAAUGAAAGAGAUAAUCAGCACUCAAAUCAUAGAAAUUAAAUUUCAAGUGAGAAAAAGAAUAAAAGCAAUCAGAAUACUAAUGAACUGUCGAGGUAGAUGGAGAAGAUGAAACUUUAGUAAUUCCUGCUUGAGAAAAGAAGAGAUGAUAUGUGGCAAAAAGCUUUGACAUCCUUAGGUCAGCCUCCUUCUAUUCUGAAAGAGCUUGGAAGAGAGAAAAUUUAAGCAACUAUUGAGCCUUUCAAUAUUUCAUCCGUGAAAUGCAUCAAAAGGGGUGACUACAGAACUCAAAAGAUAAAAAAUGUGGUCUUUGAGGUUGUGAAUGUUGAGAUGAUAGGUAAUUGCUAUCAAGUAAAGCUUUAAAUAGAUGCGACAUUUCAUUCAGAUUGCAAAGAGUAUUUUUCAAAGCAAAUCAGAAGAGGCAAGGUACUAAUCAUGUCAAACGUAAUCUAUUAAGCCUCAUCUAGAUUGUGUAUAGGUUGCAGUAUUUUCCUUGAAUCCAAGAAACGUUUAUCUAAUUGUGAAGGCUGA